CUCUCGCUGCAAGUAUUUGCUGAAUAAGUUAUUAAACAAACUUAAAUUUUGACGUUUGCUGAAAGGAAUUUUUGGUUAAUGUCAAUUGUGUCCAGGGAUUGGCAAAAUUUCUGCAAAAUGGAUUUAAAUAGAAAAUUAUUGAAUCAAGGAUGGCAUAUAACGGACGAUGGUCUCAAAAAAGUGACUGCUGCCUUCUCCAAUGCGGGCGGGCCUGAAAUCAAUGAUGAGCGAAAAAUUAUUUCAACCAUUAUGGAUAUGGACUUCCGUGACAUUGCUGCGGGAGCUCUACCAACUAAAAGAGAUGACAAUAUUUCUGGUAGGAUCGUUCUGCAAUUGCAAAAAACACGUAAUGUUUCGGCUCCCAAGUCUAACGAAGAUUCAAAAGCUGCACCGAGGUUCCUACACUUGGAAUUAAGUGACGGGGUUACAACAAUCCAGGCCUUGGAAUUAGAAAAUAUUCCUGCGUUGAGCACGAAUUUACCUCCAGGGACGAAAAUAUAUUUUACCUCAGAUAGACUUGAACUAAUACAAGGUUUUUUGAUACUGCGUUCUUCUGAGCUUCAGGUUUUAGGAGGGAGAGUCGAAGCAAUGGUUGAAAAGUGGGAAUUGGCUCGUACAAUGCAAAAAUACGCACGUAGUGGUCGUCGAAUGAGCGGUGCCACAGGACCUCCCCCAUGGAUACCCUUUGGAAAAAAAGUUGAAACUUCGCUUUCAAAGGAGCGUAAUUUUAAAAGCUUGCAAACUGGGGGCCCAGAAAGAAAAGAUAGUAAAGAAAAUCAAGAAUUUAAUGCCAUGCGUAAUGAGGCCAUAGCGGAAGCCAGCAAAGCUGGUUCAAAAAAGGUCUUCGGCGGAGGAGGACAACAAAUGCUGGACCAUAAUGUUAAAAAGAUACUCGAAAAAGGUUUUAGCGAAGAAGACGCUAAGCAGGCUCUGCGUGCUACCAAUAAUAACCUGGAACGAGCGCUAUACAAUCUCAAGCGCCGUGGUGAGAGUAAACGAACAGAAGAGAUCGGAAGUGCCAAAAAUUUACAAGUUACCACCUAUUCUUCUGCAAAGAACGGUCGAGGUCCGCCAGUGCGAGAUAUUGGAAAACGUGGUGGCUCAAUGACAAAAGAAGAAACGGUUGUGGCGAAACCGGCUGGAAAUGUGUCACUUUUCGAUUUUUUGACUGACAAGCUCCCUGUAGAUGCAGCAACGAAUGUGCUUACAACAGCCAAUACUGCAUCUAUACCGCAUACUACGUCUAACGUUUCCACCAAUCCUUUGAAAUCAGGUAAAUUCGAUAGAAAUAAAAAAGAGGCGUCGAAAUCUACACAUACAGACAGUAAGCAUGCGGAGGACAAUGUUGACCCGAAUAGUGUUUUACGACCAAGGUUUGAAAAUAAUAUGUCCAGCAGUUUCGCGGCUAAUCGUUCCACCGGGCUACCAAAUGCUCGUCAAAGGACCGAUCGUGCUUAUAAUCGGGGCGGUCGAAGUAGUCACGAACGAGGCAGAAGUACAUCAACCUUUAAUCCAUUUAAACACAAUGGCAAUGAACGUGUUAACGACACUGCGCGUGGGUCUGGCAGUCAGACUAUAAAUAAUAACCAUAAUCUAAACCAAGGACGUAUUAAUCGCGGAAACUAUGAACGGGGAAAGGGUUUGAAUCCUUUAAGCGGUGGGUUUCAGGAAAAUGGAACCAGUGGUUAUGCCAGCAAGCGGGCAAAUGAAAGGCAACAACAAAGAAGUCAUGGUGGGGAAGAACGUAGCAGCGGUGGUCAGAAUGAAAGCAGGAAUCGCUUUAAUAGCAAACGUGAGAACAGUAAUCGUCAACAAAAUAAUAAUAUAGAUAAUAAAAAUAGCGCUGCCGCCAAAAAUUCUGGCGCUCAAAACUCAAAUUCCAAUAAUGCAAAUCCAAUGCAUAAAUUAAUAGAAGCUACUUCUAAAAUAAGAUUAUCAGAUCCCGUACGUAAUGAUCCUCAUUUAACGGGAAAUAGCUCGAUUGCCGACGGUCGUUCGAAUUUGCAUGAUUCCCAAUUUGUUGCACAAGCUCAAGGAGGCGCUCAGCUGGCAAACCAAAUCCAAAGUUCAACACAAUUGCCUAAAGGUUAUGGUUAUGAUACAAGUAAAAUUAUCGGAUUUCAAAAUAAAGAAACAAAUGAAUUUGCUUUGACUUUGUUAAAAAGUCAAGGCCUAGGCUCUUCUGAGUCAACAAUAUAUAGUCAACAGCAACGAAAUUUAGUUUCGCCAAAUAUAGAUAAUCCCGGCUCCCAACCAAAUCUACAUAUUUCUAAUGAAAGUUAUAUUUCGCAUGUACCGCCCCAUAUACAAGCCCCACCUCAGCUAAGUGGGUAUGCUGCACCUAUAAAUGAAUAUUCAUCACUAAAUCCAUCUACAGUAGGCACUAUAGCGGCAGUUCAGACUCAUUUUGGAAUGAUACCAGGUGAGGGCUGGGAUUGGAAAGUUGGAGAUCUUUGUUUCGCCAAAUACUGGGAUGAUGGUCGUUACUACGAGGCUGAGGUCACAGCGGUGUCAGAGAAAACAUGUGUGGUGUUUUACCUUGGAUACGGUAACCAUGAAGAAGUUUUGAAAUCUGAUUGUCUGCCAAUAACUGAUGGCAAUCAUUGUCCUAUAAAUAACUAUAAUACAGCUAAUUCAUAUCAACAACCCCAACAAGGAAAAUCCAAUACUAUUAACCAGAUUCAUUCAGCUCAACAGAUCCAAGUAGGUGGCGCCUAUCAGAGAGGAGGAGGUGGACAGCAACGUUUUCGGGGUGAAAGGCAAAUGUAUGUGCCACCACACAAGCGCGAGAAUUGACAUGAUGUGCGAAUGCAUUCUGCAACAAAGUUCCCACUUACAAAACAGUAACUUUAUACAGCUUAUUAUGGAGUUAAUUGAAAAUAUUUCCAUCAUAUAAUAUUACGAAAAAUGUGCGUUAUUCAUAUACAUAUGGAAAUCAUAAGUACAUGUGUACUUACAUAUUAAGGUUAAUUAUAAUGUGCUCCGAAAAAAUA